AUGUUAUCCAAACUAUCAAUGAUACAGGGCAGGUUACCUGUUAGUCGGAGACCAAUAGUUUUAGUUUUGACACUUCUUGGAGCUAUAUUUCUGUUGACACAGUUUAACAAGGAUGAUGAAAUAGUCUUACAGCCAGAACAAUUGGGCCUUGGCAAAUAUAAAGGAGCGAGGAAGGCUUUACCAAACUCAGUGUAUAAGAAGACUGCUACUAUAUUAAAGAGGAAUAGAGGAAAUGAUCAGAAUACGAAAUCUCAGUAUGAAAUAGAUUGGGAAGAAGGAAGAAUUUCACGAGUUGAGAUGUGCAGGACCAUGAUUCAUGAAAUCUAUAAUAUUGGCAUAAAUAAUAAGCCCCAUGUGCUGUCCUCACCCAUGAAGAAUUUUGCUAGUGUAGCGGCCAUGGCAGAAUCCAUAAGACUGUACAAUUUUUGUUUUAUUGAUGGAAAUAUCAAUAGUUUUGAACUUUAUGGUCAAGAAAACAAUGCAGGUGCUACUGUUCUAUUGAAUGACUUCUUUCCUUUUUUGAAGGCGCAUACGGAUGGUGAGCAUAUGUGGCCAGAAGUUACACAUUUGAAUAAGGAUAAAAUAAUACUGCCAAACUUUGAUCUGGAAGCAGUAGAUACUUUUAACGCAAAUUUUUGGAUUAACUGGAAGAAGCAUGCACGAGGAAGAGGUAUAGUUGUUACAUUCAAGGAGGAGGAAGCAAAUAUGAUGAUGAAAUUAAUUGCUGUGUUAGGCCAUCUAAAAAAUAGAUUACCUAUUCAGAUCGUGAUUCAAGGUAAUAAAUUUGGUAGCAGAACAAUUGAGAUGUUGAAGGAAAAGGCGAUUGAAAAGAAACAGCAGAUAUACAUUGUAGAUGCCACAAAGCUGCUGAUGGAGAAAUAUGCAGAAGUUCAUAUACAGGGCUAUACCAACAAAUGGAUUGCUUCUAUAUUUAAUACUUUUGAAGAGUUCAUUCUUCUGGAUGUUGACACUGUACCGUUCAUAAAUCCCAAGAAGUUUUUUGAAAAGAAAGGAUACAGGACAACAGGAUUUUAUAUGUAUCAGGAUAGAAACUUGGUGAAUGAGAAACUUGGCAGAAAGUGUGUCGACAUAAUAUCUGGGGCACAACUUUCUGGAUAUGAGGCUCGUGUCCUGAACACAGGCUUUUUGUACAGCCCUUAUUUUGCAAGGGAGGAUGAUUACACCACUGCUUCUGCUCGCGCGUAUUACAAACUGUUCAAUAACUGGACAUUACACCAAGCUGAAAGUGUUCUAGUGGUGAUAAACAAGAAGCAGAAGCUAGGUGGGUUGUUGAUGUCAUUUAUGUUAAACACGCAGAUAGCUCUGAAGCAAUGCUUUUUGGGUGACAAGGAAUUCUUCUGGAUAGGUCAGUUGAUGAACAACAGUCCUUACUAUAUAGAUGAAAGACCGGCUACUAUCGUCGGACCUUUGUCCUCACCUACUGAUGAGCAAAGCAAUUACUACAAGAUUUGCUCCGCACAACUGGGCCAUCUUGGGGAAGACGGUAAACUCGAUUGGGUUAACGGAGGCAUGCAGGUCUGCAAGUUCAAAAACGCAGCUAUGAAGGACUUUACCGACGACCCCGAGUUUUUCAAAUCUAGACAUAAGGACGCGGCGGUUCUUCAGAAUUUUUACGACUCGACUGUGACGCUCGACGGUUACAUGACAGCGGAUCCGCCAAGUUGCCAAUGGAUGAACAUCAGGGAGUGCCAGAAGUACAUGUACUGCAUUAUCUGCGACAAGAAGCCCAGCCUGGGGACAGCCGCGCCCGGAGACAUGACCCCCUCAGUGCAGUUUACUGAUAAGUACCACGCGCAAGUUAACGACAUCGCCCGCAUAUGGUCCGAAGAGUCCACAAGCGACACAAACGCUUUCGGUGUCUAG